AUGAAAGCCUACGCGGUGUCACCUCAUUUUCGUUCCGAUCACGACGCGGUGACGAUGGGUUCCCUCAUCAUUGUUUUAAUGGCGUUCGCCGUAUAUUGCAAUGAGGUGUAUUGUGACACACUUCCAAUUAACGUCACUAAACCUGAAGCUACCGUGCUCCUCGAGAGAAAUAAUAGUCAUGCGAUUGAGAAGGGGAUCUUUUGGAAAAAUCUCAGUCUGUCGAAACACAAACCAACGGAAAUCGAGGAAUCGAGAGGCCUGGACAGCGCGAGCAGCGAAACGAACAAGAGAAAAUCACGAUUUCUUAACAGUUUAGCCUUUCUAACUGGCCUCAGCUUCGGCGGGUUAGCCACCGCGGCAUCCUCUACCAUGAAGAAUAUCGCCAAGCUACCACAGGCGUCCUUCAGCAUAAACCUAGGCUCUCCAAAAACCUCACCGUACUUCGCUGCCUAUUACAGUCACUAUCCGUAUCCUUCGCUGUUACCCUAUCCUUUCUUUUAUCCCGGUUCUUUCGGAAUUGGUCCGACGGUCGAUAACCCCACAAAACCCCAGACUACGUCGCAAAACGAUCUAACGCCGCAAGUGAUUAACUUGUUCGACAACAAGCCGAUCGAUCUGGCUGAGAGCAACGAGGACUAUACAGAUGCCGAGAAGUCCGAUGCGAGCAACGGGGCGGACGAUCGCACAAGAUUACGAACCGAAGCCGAUCGGAACGCGGAAGAGAAGGAUAUGAUACGUGGGUGCAAAGGGGGUCAACGGAAACACAAUGUCUUGAGAGGAACGGCCAGAGAGCGUGAAUAUCUCCAACUAAAUACCAACGAUUUGCGAGCAACUUUGGAUUUUCGAGUUGCGAAUCAGACCGUAAUAGAUAACGCAACUACGACAACAAGUCCGCCUAACAAUACUCAAACACCAAAUAUGACACAUCACCAUUAUUAUUAUCAUCACCAUCAUCACAAGGAACAUCCGCACUAUUCGGGAUAUUACGGUGGGUAUCCGCAGAAUAUACACCAUAUUGAGCUUACAACGGAUUCCUACAGCCAGAUUAGUUACAAUAUACCGUACGAACAACCCACUAAUUUUCAUCAUGACGACAAAUAUAAUAUUUAUCCGGGUUUUAAUCCGCCUCUUUCCGUGCCUUUCUCACCUGUUCAAACAAACGAAUACACAGAUUUUAACCGAUUAUAUCCUUCGGGAUAUCAACUACCGAAUAUCAGCGAUGGUUUUAGACCUGUGUGAAGUGAAUCAUAUCAAGUUCGUGAAAUUUCACCAGAUUGUAAAGUAGGCCGCAUUCAUGC